AAUAGUGGACCAUGUCAUCAACCAUGGGAUGACCCUGAGGGAAGCUGGCCAACGGGUUCAGCCUAAACUGAGCAGCUACAAGCAGGCAUCAUUAGGACAUUUCCAAAUGAGAAUCGGUAAGUACUUUGUAGCACUGCCAUACUCUAAUGAGAAACACAACACUACCAUACAUGCAAAAAUACUGAAAUUGUUACUUCACAGAAUUGCUAGACGUCCAGCUGUUGGGGGCAGAGGCAGAAUGUUCACUCCAGAGCAAGAGACCCAUAUAGUGAACAUGGUGAUUGCCAAUAAUGCAAUAAGACUGCGUGAAAUACAGCAGCGCACAGUUGAUAAUGACACCAUCUUUCAAAAUGUACACAGUGCAAGCAUUUCUGCACUAAGUCGUGUACUUGCGCGCCACAGAAUAAGAAUGAAGCAAAUUUACAGAGUUCCUUUCGAGAGAAACACAGAACGUGUAAAGCAACUGCGAUAUGACUAUGUGCAGAGAGUGAUGGAACUAGAAGCAGAUGCAAUGGGACAUGAGCUACUUUUUGUGGAUGAGGCCGGUUUUAACCUCAGUAAAACCAGGAGACGUGGCAGGAACAUUAUUGGACACCGUGCCAUCAUCAAUGUCCCAGGACAACGUGGUUGGUAACAUAACCAUGUGUGCAGCUAUAAGCCAAAAUGGUGUUGUUCACCAUCAUGCAACCAUAGGCCCAUACAACACUGCACACAUUAUUGCAUUCCUGGACACCUUGCAUGACAUGCUCACUGUUCAGAGACCAGAGCAGACCCGAUAUGUCAUCAUAUGGGACAA